AUGAGCCAACCUAAGAACGAGUCCCCAUCCUGCGAGCAGGAAGAGAUCCUUGACCAGCCUCCGCUAAACCCGGGCGAACAAUUCAAAUGUGAGACAAAGAAUAACGAGCCAAGCGAAGAGGACAUAUGCUCGGGACGUCAGAAAACGUUCCCACUUAGCAUCUCUCUGUCCUACGUGAAAGACUGGGACACAACGGAUGCAUUCCGAGAGCUGUAUCAGAACUGGUAA